CGCCAAGCGAGCUGACACUUCUUCGACUGGAGACCGCAAUGCACAUCAUGUCGCGACAACGACAGUGAAAGUACAGCACCGCUUUGGAUAUGGCGCAGUACGAGAGCCUGGUGGCGGAAGUGGACCGAAUCACAUCAUCGCCAUACCCGAGUCAGCUCAGGACGCUGCAUCGUAUCACCGAGAAAUGCAGCGACGCCGACAUUGCGCAGUGGGCUGCGGCAAAGCCGUGCCUAAUCGAAACACUUGCAUCUUGUCUUUUGGAAGGACUGCAGCAGUGGACAUAUGUUCUGGACAUCAUCACGAAAUUCUCAUUCAAUGCGGCGUGUCGGAAUGCUCUUUUGCGGCAAGAGCCGACUUUGCUGCAUAGUGCAGUAGCUCGUGCGAUCACAUCGGGGAAGGAUAAUUCGAAAUAUGCCAGAGCGAGUGUUGCGCUGCUCUCGCUGCCAUUGCCGGAUACAGUGGCGUUGCCAGCCGAAGCGCAGACGCUGUUUAUUCAGCUCGUUGAAGAAGCUGCGAAGAGACCAUGUCCGGCGACUAUUCAACCCAUAUACCUCAUUCUCUCUGGCACUGGGAGUCUACUGCUCGGAGUUCUCAGCAGCGAGACGAUGUCGCGGUUUGAGGACCAAAUUUUGGAAAUUCUGAAGAACAGCUCUAGCACACCCGAUGGCUGCUUGAGUCUGUACUGCUUGUCUAUCAUGAACCUUGUUUGCGCGUCUACUGAUCCAGAGUUCCGGUUAACGUCAAGCUCGUACAAUACACAAGACUUUCUGGCAAGCACGCCUGUCUCUUCAAGAUGGAAGUCGGAGGCCAUGCAGCAGUUUUUCACCGGGACCAAGGCUCAGAAGAGCAUCCAAUUGGUUGUGCUAUCAGCAUACUUGGCAGCAAAGGCUACACCAAGCGACUGCACGCCUGAGAAAAUCAAGGCCUUAAUACUGGCGAAUGAGAUCAUUGCUGCGAUACCGUUGGACAUUCGAAAAAUCUGGGCUAUGGCGAAUACCGGAAUGGUCCGCAAGUUGCAGGAACGACUUUGUGCCGGUGAUGUUGAGCGACGCAUCAAGACAUUGGCGCUUCGUUUCGUCGGGAAGCUGUGCGAGCUGGACAGCUUACCACAUCCUGUGCUGGAGAGCUUGGAGUUGACAUUUCUGGAGCCGGAGCAAUUGCACCAAAUACACACUUUGUGUCCACACAUUGAUGACAGUGCCUUGUUCUCUGGAGUGCUGGCAAGAGCACCGAUUGGUAUAUUACUUGACAACGCUAUCGAGUACGCGACUCGAAUGGACUCCGCAGCACUCGCAGCAGGUGCGGAUGCGGUGACCAAGACCAUUACCGACACAGAGGCUAUCGUCAGCUGUCAAAGGAUUACCAGUCAUCAGAUCGUGGAAGCACUAGGUGACACUAGAUUUCUACAGAAGUUGCAGAACCUGCACGAUCUUCUAUACGAGGUCGAACUUCAUCAUGAUCAAGCAGGUGGCUGGUGUCACAAAGCACUACGAAGAGCUAGAUCAAGACUAGCACACCAGAUCAGCAAUAUACUGCUGCGAGCUUCGCAAGGCGCAUCGUUCAGUGCCCCUGCUAUGACGGUCUUGCUCAAUUUGCAUGCACUCUCAGCUCGUGGCGAUGUCGAUUGCAUGCACCGACGCCACAAUGACAGGGAAGCCGUAAACCUGGAAGGACUGAAUCUGUCAGAGGAUGCAAAUGACCAGUUCGACUGGAGAGAGGCGGUAGAUACUCACUUCAAGGCACGGGCAAAUGUGGAACAGGAUGCAGUGAAGCGCUUGUUCGCGAAAGCUUGCGCGAAUCUGGAAGCACGGUGUGAGAAUGUCGAGAGACCAUUGCGAGAAGAGCAGGAGAAAGUGCGUACACUCGAAGAACACAACUCAGCUCUCACAGCCGCCUUCGAAGAGAUCGAGGCGAAGUAUGUCGACGCAUUGUCACAAGUCAGGUCACUCGAAGAACAGGAGCAGACAAGAGCCGACGAGCUUCAGGGUGCAUUGAGACAGAAUGCCGAACUUCUUGAGCGGGUUUCCAAUCUGGAGGAGACACUUCGCCAGUCGCUAGCAGAUGCGCAACGGCAGCUCGCAGAAAUGAAGACUGCCAAGCAGACAGCUGAGCUAGACGCUGCGGCACAUGUAGCUUCAAAGCAAGAGGCACUGGAAGAUGCUGAAGAAGAGACUACGAAGUGGAAGUCAAAAUACAACGAGCUUGCCGCCAAAGUCUCGAACUUUGAGCUCGGUCUCAAUGAGGCCGAAACUGAGCGAGAACAGCUUCAAGAACGUCUGUCGAGCAGCGAUCGUCGUGUGGUCGAGCUUGAACGCGAAGUCAGCAGGAUGGGAGCUGAGGUCAACAACUUGAAGACGGCGAACAACGAUCUUGAAGAACAGCUUCAGUCAACGAGCAGCGAUGACGCUGAGAAGCUUCGUCUGCUAUCUGAACUAAGGGAAGAGUUGGGGUUGUGUCAAACCGAGCGUGACGAGAUUCGAGCAGAGCUCGAUCGUGAGACCAAGAAACUGUAUGCUUCUGUGGAACAGACCAGACGUGAGCGAGACAACCUGGCACAAGAACUACAGGCAACAAGCGAAAAAUUGCACCGACAGCUGGCAGAAGCGCAGCUCGAAUGCAACGAACUCGCCGAAUCGAAAACGGCCGAGAUCGAAGUCCGCGAAGCGAAGAUAUCUGACCUGAAAAAGAGGGUCGAAAGAUAUCAGCGCAAAUGCCAGGAGAAAGAUCAACAGAUCGCCGAAGCGGAAUCGAUGCGUGCCAAUCUCAUGGCAGCGAUGGGCAUCAACAAAAGCCAAUCUCGCGGCAGCUUACCGCAUCGCUCGCGAGAGUCGAUGGCGCAGCCAACUCAGACGCAACCUGACGAUUACUCACAUAUCUCUGCUGAAGACAUGGACUUGUCGAUCUCAAACAUCGACGAAUCGUCAAUCUGGCAGCGAGACUCGUCGCAAGAAGACAAAAGCGGUCCUACGCCUAAGAGGCAGAAACCGCGAAAGUCUUUGUCGUUUGCCGCGCCGUUGACGACGGCUGCGCAGCCAAGAGCGAGUGUCGGUGGAAGAAGAUUGACGAGAUCGAGUACGGGUGUGAGACAGAGUAUGGGUCGACAACCACUUGCUGGGACGAAUGGCAAUCGUGGCUCAUUGAAACCUUUCAAGACUCCGUCUAAAGAAGCUGCUAGCGCCGCUGUGGAAGCGGCAGAGGAGGAGUCGACGUUUGAAGGGAGUGAGCUUUUUACUGGUACGCAAGGUGGGCAGAUGUUGGAUUUGCAGGCUGCUUUUGACGAGAAUUCUUGA